UUUAACUCAAUGUUGUAAAAAGCGAACUGGAGUAUGACCCGAUAAUGUGAACGACUCGGUCUUUAGCGGUCCAACCGACAUUAAACCGUUUAACAACCAUCAGAAAACCGGUACCUAAAGAACAAUCAGUAUAAAUAGUGGACACUUCUUAAUCAUGGUAAACCAUGAUUAAAUUAGUAAAUUACACUCUUAAAUCUUAAAAAUUCCAAAACAUGCGAGCGGGGAGCCGAGAGCGGCUAUAGGGAUUGGGGAUAGCGACGGGAAGCGCCGGGAUGGGAGGUGACGACAGAGCGGAGGAGUUGCUACUAGAAGAGGGGACUGGGAGGGAGACUGGUGAUGGCGAGCUGGGAGCUGCUACGCUGACUGGGGAUGGCGACGAUGCCGACGGAAAGCCAGGACGGGAAGUGUUGACGGCGGCAGGGUCUGGUGCUGCUCAUCUCCCUCCGUUCAUGAAGAGUCGAAGACGAAAACUGAAUUAGAGUUAGGGUUUCUUUCCUAACACCACGAUUUUGCCUUUCGUUUUCAAUUUUUUUAUUAAACAGAACAAUCGGAAGGGGAAAACCGAGCAACCGAUUCGAGCGGCUCGAGUGAUUAACCGUCUUGGCCGCUCACCGGCCGCUCCAUAAAACCGUAACGGUUAAAUGACUGGCCCGAACCGGUUUUGCGGCCGGAUGACGGCUUUAGCGAUCCGGCCGACCAGCUCGGUCCGGUGUUAAUAACCCAACUGCUACCAAAAGCGCGUUAACACUGCUCCUUCCAGAGCAGGCUCACUAUCCAGCACCAGAUUGCAGCAAAUACACGACCAUACACUCCCCCUUUCUUCACUUCAACACAGACCGUGCGCUAAAAAUCAUCCCAGUCACGAGGCCACUGUUGCACCUGCCCACUGAAUACAGUGGCAUAGAGUUGCAAUGCAUACUGCCAUUCACAGAAAAGAUGGGUUCGACUCUCCCCUGCAUUAUUGCACAUUGCACAAGCAUCAUCAAUAAUUUUGCCCCACACCUUAAGCUUGUCCCGAGUAGUAAUUUGAUUCGGAAUAACCAGACAAGCCAAGAAACGAUAGCCAGGCAGAAUAAAUUUACUCCAUAUCACUCUCUACCACUGCACAACUGGUUUCCUCCUUCUAAUAGAGAUCCAUAUUUGACUCACGGAGAAUCUGGUGAUAAUCUUGCCCUCCCAUGUUACCUCUCCUGCAGAAUUUUGCUCCAUUCUAUAAUGAAACCACCCUCGCAAUUUUAGCAGGCUGCGCCAAAUACCAGAUCCCGUAGCUGUGAUAGGGAACUCCCAAACAUAGCGCCCUCUCAGUCUAUGUCUCUCAAUCCAUGCCACCCAAAAACUACCACUUCGCAUUAAGAGCAUCCAUAGAAGACGUGUUAUACAAGCCACGUUCCAAGAUUACAAAUCCUUCAAUCCCAUUCCUCCUUUCUUGCGUUAGCAAUAAUCUCCCAAGCCACUUUAGCCUUCCCAGAAUCCUCUCCAAACCAAAGAAAAUCAAAACAGAUAACCAAAGAAAAUCAAAACAGAUCUUUUGGAUUCUGAUAAUAAUCUUCUUCGUGAAAAAAAUAUUCAUCCAUAACUGAAUUAUAAAGUAGAGAACAGACGAUACCAGCUGGAACCGCCCUGCAUAAGCAAGCUUGCUAGCAUGCCAAGACCUGAUUCGAGCAGUAAGUUUAUCCACUAGCACACCACAUUCACGACUAGUAAGUCUUCCAGAAAGCAGUGGAAGCCCCAAAUAACGAACAAGAAGAAUGCUCUCUUUGAAACCAGAAACUCGAACUGCAUUCUUUUUGUAUUGAAUAGCCUGGCCGCCAAAGAAGACAUCUGUCUUGGUCGGAUUACACUUAAGCCCAGACAUACAAUAGAAUUCCUCCAACAGAUUCCUAACAUAACUUAGAGCCCCUCAGUGAAAAUCAAUAGAUCAUCCGCAAAGCAGAGAUACGUUAGAUCUAUUGAUUUACACUGGGGAUGAAGUGGGAUGCGCCAGGACUUAGCUACUUCUCUUUUUGGAAAUGCUUCUCUUUUUCUAUUUUCUCCUUCACUAUAUGUUUGAUUCAAAAACAAACUAGUGUUUCGUGUAACUUUAUAUGUUAUUAUUCAUAUGUUAUAUGAAACUUGAUAUAGUUUAUAAUUAUAUGAACAUUCUAAUGAUUUUUUCCCCUUAGCUAAAUCAAACUAAAGUGUGGUCGAACCAUUAAUUCUCAACCCGCUUGCUCGACCGGACCACGGGACUAAAAGGAUUGACAACCUUGAUAAAAACAACUACACAUAGAAAAGGAAAAAAUGAAUGAUUACCAAUUUU